AUGAUUUCGACCGAACAUGUCGCCCGAAAGCGACAAAUGCUUAAACUCUACAGUGAGGCUGUCUCACAGGACCAUGUCGACUCGGACGCAAGCCUCGACCGUGCCAAGUCUGGCUGGAAUCGUCGAAUCCAUGGCAUGAAUACAGAAGCUUUGGACCCUUCAGCUGGCAUCGUCUUGAUGUUGGCUUCGUGGCUUGCAGGAGUUUUGCAGCCUUAG